UAAAACAAAUCUUGCAUUCAGUUAAAGUUUGGAAUAUAUGCAGGCUUUAUAAAGUUACUGUACAUAGAUUUUUUUUAUAUAAUCAUACCUUAUUUAAUGUAAAAAUAUGCUUAUCAAAAUGGAGGUAUUUAUCCGAAAUAACUAUCAUAUACGAACAUAGUGUUAACAAAAUUGCGAGCAUCAUCGGGGGACUAUUCUAAUAUCAGCCAUGUCAGUAUCUGAUGUAAACGUAAGCUGGUCGACGCGAUCCAGUAUUGUGCGAAGCGACAAAAGUACGGAGCGCUCCGUGUUCCUUACCAGUUGCUCUAAACACGGAGCAGAUGAUUCCAAAAAGCCAAAAUGUGUGUCAGCGAAACAUUCAGGGAUGCGAUUUCAAGGAUGGCGGGAACCGAAGCCACUCAGGUCUAGAUGCAGCUCCGCGGUAAAUACCGAAGACUUAGAUAAAAAUAACGCGGAGCGGCUAAAAUCAGCUAAAAAGUCAGUGCGGGACUCUGUAGACGAGCAAAAAGAGACACUGACAAGAUUGUCACAACCAACCACGGCGAGCAGAUGGAAAAGUGCCAGAACUAGGGAAGUCGGAACAGACAUGAACUAUUAUUCUUGGGCAAAAAUGAAUGUUUAUAAAGAUUAUCAAAAGGUUAUGUACGGAGCAAACGGGACUGCAAAAAAGCCAAACAGAAUAAAAGAAAGAUGAAAAUGAAUUUUCAUCCCUAUAUUAAACUGCUUGUAUUUAAAGGACCUUUAUGUUACAGAAAUGCUUUCAGUUUUAGUUCUCAAAAUAUUUUAUUUUUAGUGAUCUGAUAUAAUUUUCCAAGAAGUUACUCAUUGGCCAAUUACCUGAAACAUAUUUUGCCUCUUUCGCUUAGAUAUGGUAUUUAUUACAGUUAAAGUUAUUUAGUAUUUUAUAUGUAA